CCAGCGGGGCGGGGCGACCGCGCGCAUCCCCUGCCGGCCACACGGGCCGCCCUCCGCUCAGCGAGGGGCGUGUGCGCGGACCCGGCACCGCGGGCCCCAUGUUCACCGAGCUGAGGGCCAAGCUGAGCCCCCCGCCGGGCCGCGCCGGGGCUGUGAGCGCCGGCUUUGGAGAGAGCCGGGAUGUGGACGCCACUGCCCACUUCAGCUUCUGCCGGACUCUUCUGGAGCACACAGUAUCAGCUGAGAGCAUCCCUUGCCACUUGCCUCGGACAGCAGGCACCAGCUUCACGUGGCAUGACUCCCGUAGCCAGAGGGCAUCUAGCAGCAGGCCCAUCAAGCUCCUGCAACAGCCUGGUACAGAGAGCCCACAGGGCCGGCUCUACUCUGACCACUAUGGCCUAUACCAUACAAGCCCCUCUCUGGGUGGGCUGACGCGGCCUGUAGUCCUGUGGAGUCAGCAGGACGUCUGCAAGUGGCUCAAGAAACAUUGUCCCCACAACUACCUCAUCUACGUGGAGGCCUUCUCCCAACAUGCCAUUACUGGCCGGGCUCUGCUGAGGCUGAAUGCAGAGAAGCUACAGCGGAUGGGGCUGGCACAGGAGGCACAGAGGCAAGAGGUGCUGCAGCAGGUGCUCCGCCUGCAGGUGCGUGAGGAGGGGCGGAGCCUGCAGCUGCUCAGCCAAGCUUCCUUUGGAAACAUGUCCUAGCUGCUGCCAAGGCCUGAACCCCAGACCCCAGCACUGUGACCAGUGACCAGGACCCACAGCCAAGAAUGAGGCAGAGCUGGCCCUACAGCCCUUCUUGGACCAUGCAUGAUGCCCUGCUGGCCAAGCCUGACCCAGUGGACAGGCAGGACCAGGACUACCACCUCCAGGUGCCUCUAGUCAGGCACUCCAGGUUGUACCGUGGGACUAGGUGGGCAUGGGCUACUUGCAUGUGGCCCCCUCCAAGGACUUGAUUCCAGGCCUAUCCCCUGGUGCUGCUGGCAGCAUGCCACAGGUCAGCUGCCUGGAGCCAGAGUGGGGUUUGAAUAACUCCAGACUCCAAAAGAGUCUCUUUAUUUAUGUUCCCUUCGCCAUGUGACCACCCCCUCACCUGGCACCUCUCCAGUUGUGUUCCUCUCAAGCAUCGCCAGACCAGCUGCACAAUGAGACAAACUGCAUCAGUUCCCUUUGGCUUGUGAUUUUCCCCCACCCUUGCCAGAGCCUGGCCAGCCCAACCAGUUGUCCAGAGUAAUAGUCAGACAUAACGGCAGCACCUGUUCCACUGGGUAUAACAUACUGAAACUUCAUUCAUUAUUUAUGAAACCCUUGCUACACCCACAUCUCCUUCUGAAAAAUGAGGCCAAAAGGCCCAAGACGUCCAGUUUCCAAAGGCCAAAUUGGUACAACAAAGACUCUUGCCCUCUGGAGGUAACUCCAUGCCCAGUGCUCACCAGGUUUGGUGGUACCCCUGGCCUUGCCUACAAAAGAGUCUUGCUUUUUAAGCAUCUUCUGUAUUCCCUGGCUCUUCGACUUAACUUUGAAGUAGCAGUUGUGCAUGUGGGUAUUCCCCUCACCCCUUUCCCAAAACUUGGAUUCACAGGAGUGACUUACAGGGGGCCAUACCCACCGUAUCUGCCACCAGAUGCCUGGCAUCCCUCCCUGGGAAAUUUGGAACUGGUACUGCCCAGAAGAGGGACAGUGAGGGUGGCUUUGGAAGUCCCCACCAUCUUGUUCUUCUGCCUCUCCCACUGUCCUGGGAACUCUGAAAGCCUCAGGGACAAGUACGGCUGAGCCUCUAGUGCCAUUUCUGUGUCCUGAGUUGGCCUUGAUGCUGCAAGCUAGUCAUUGUAAAUCCCAAGUGAGAUGUGGACCACUGGCCUGCCAGCUCCCAUCUUUUGUGCCCUCAUCCAUGGGAAACCUUGGGUCUGACUGCCUGAAGUAUAUCCCUUCUGUGCCAUCAAUCUUCAGCCAGAGGGCCCAUUGUGAACCCUUUUGCCCUACUCUGUCUUGCCCAUCCCAUUUUCCUGUCUAGUCUUCCAUGUUUUUGUUCAUUUUUUAUACUCUGACCAAA